ACCGCACUCGAGUGGGAUUGUUCUCUGGAGCUCCGGAAGAUAGGUAGCAUUUGGAUGGUCAUUGCAGGCGUUUGUACGAUAUGUGGAGGCUUUACCGUUGUUUUUGGACGAUAACAAGAAUACACACUUGGCAGAAAAUGCACAACGCAAGAUGUAUUUAAAACAGGAAAAGGAGUUUUUGACAAGUUUCGUGCAUUCAAUUGCAGCAGCUUCUUGGUGUCUUCGAAUUAUUUUGGGAAUCCCAUCAUCAUUGAUAUUGUUGUUCCCAUUGGAUCAUUGGAUUGGUAUGAAGUCAUCUCGCACAGAAGUGAAGAAGUAUACCGAUUGUGGAGAGGCGCAAAAUGGUACCACCUGGAAGCCAUGGCUGUAGUUGGUAUUCAUUGGUUUCUUGAUGUUAGUCCAUUGCAUCGCGCUCUAAAAUUUCUGAGAGGCCAUGAAAUAGAUUUGAUUCCACUUGACGUCGUCCCUUGUUUCUA